AUGGGCACGGUUCAUGGUGCCACGAAGUGCUACUACUUCGGUGAGGGCACCAAAGAAUGGAUCCAGGCCCAGCACGCGUGCAGCAAACUGCAAGGGCGGCUGGUUAGCAUCCACAGCCAGGAGGAGCGGGACUUCCUGACCAAACACUCCAUCAAGAGGGGCUCCUGGAUUGGCCUUCGGGACCUGGACAUGGAGGGGGAGUUCAUCUGGAUGGACAAUAACCCCCUGGACUAUAGCCACUGGCAGCCGGGGGAGCCCAACGGCGCGGGCCAGGGCGAGAACUGCGUGAUGACACAGGGCUCGGGGCAGUGCAAUCACGCUUUCUGCGGCAGCCACCUGAACGGCCGGGUGUGUGACCGCUGGCCACGUGCUGGGCGCCUGCCCGCCAGCUCGGCCCUGGAUCCCCUGGGCUCUGGACCCUCACAGCCCCCUGCCCGCCCGCCAGCUGCACCCCCCUGCACCCCUCUCCCACCUCGAACACGAGAACGGCCGGGCCCACAGCAGGACCCUGAGGACCCCCAACAAAUGGAAGUAGUGCGCUCAGCCCUGGGUCCCCGCCGACACCCCAGAGGGCCUGUCCCCUGCCCCUGA